AUGGCAGUGGCACAAUACUCGGCUCUUGCUCUGAUUGCGUUUCUGGUUUCUCCGAUCAUGGUGAUGGUGAUGGUGAUGGCAAAUUCAUACGAAGUUGACUGGGCAACUGGAGUUGAUUUCGCUGAGUUUGCUACUCAGAACACUUUCUUUGCUGGAGAUGUAUUGAAUUUUCAUUAUGAUAGUGUUCACAACAAUGUGGUUAUAGCAACCGAUGGUGAUCAAUUUGAUCAAUGCGAGAUGGAACCGAACUUGGGUUAUUAUCAAAGUGGCAAUGAAGCAUUUACCUUGGGUGAAGCUGGAUACUAUUAUUUCAUGUGCGGUUAUCACUGCAAAUCUGAUGGCAUGAAAAUGUCAGUGUUUGUGCACUAG